UAUACUUGUGAACAGUGUUGCCAGAAGUUCCAAAUCACACAGCUGUGUUCUAAUCGCGCAGUAGCCGCGACAUUGCUGCGAAUUUUAAAGAACGUUGAAGUUGCCUGCUGUGGACGGGUCGCAUUAAAUUGCAUUUACUGUGUACAAAAUGUCCGAUGAUCCGGACUAUCUAUUUGCACUGAAAUUACAGGAGCAGCUCAAUGGCGACAAUUCUGAAAGCAAUUCGGAAACAGCUCAUGAAAAGACAGAGAAUAAGUCAGGUCAGGAUGAUAGUGACUACCAACUGGCUCUGAAACUUCAGGCCGAAAUAGAUGCCGAAGAUGCAGACGUCAGCGACAAUGAAACUGUUGACAAUGAAGAAGUCUUUGCCCUCGACAUGACCAGCUCUAAACAUAAUUCUAGCAACAGCAACAACACAAACAAUAACAACAACAAAAAUGAUAAUAUAAACAAGGAGACACCCUCAAGCGUAAAUAUAUCAGAUUUCAAUUCGCAUUGCAACGCUUCUUAUUUCUAUUAA